AUGUUGCCGGAAUUUUUUUUUGGAGCUGGCAGUUUUGCCAAGGUUUCUCGUGAUGGCAAGGGACUGAGAUCGGUUGCUAAGAUCCGAGCAGGCAUGAACGACACUGAGGUGGCCAGUCUUGGGUCGAUCUUCAAGGACAAUGACAGCAAGCUCCAGGCUAUUUUGAAGGCAUGCGGUAAGGAAAAAUGA